AUGAUUAUACUGAUUCGGCUCUCCCAGAGCGAGUCGUUUGCAGCUGAGAUUUCCGCUUUGCGAAAGGGUCAUCAAAUAUCAGCCAGUUCAUCGAUUGCUACGUUGAACCCAAUACUUAUCGAUGAUGUUCUUCGUGUUGGCGGCCGGUUGAUGAACGCGGCGAUUUCCUCAGAUAGAAAACAUCCCAUUAUUCUCAGUCAUCGACAUCCACUCACUAAGUUGAUAAUGGUACAAUACCACCGAAAACUUUUUCACGCAGGGCUGCAGCUAUUGGUUUCCACCGUACGUGAAAAAUACUGGCCUACCCGUAUUAGACGACUAGCAAACACAGUACUUCACGAGUGCGUAUCCUGUUUCCGCACCAGACCGAAGGUUCUGGAUCAAUUAAUGGCGGAUCUACCAUCUGAACGUGUGUCUCCGGCUCCUCCAUUCUUGAAGGUUGGGGUCGACUAUUGUGGACCGUUCCCUGUUGUUUAUCCUGGACGUCGCGCUGUUCCAAGGAAAUCCUUCAUCGCUAUUUUUGUUUGCCUGGUGACGAAGGCGGUGCAUUUGGAGCUCGCAGGAGAUUUGACCAGUGAAGCCUUCCUUGCAGCCUUCAAGCGAUUUAUAGCCCGUAGAGGAAAACCUGCUGUAGUAAUCAACAGUUCCAGGAAUCAGCGGUUCGUGAAGCAGCUCAAGAUGGCAUAG